GUGGGAAAUAAGGCUUGGGCAGCGGCAAUGGAAAAUGCUGAUAUUAUUGCCGACUUACCUCAUCAUUCAUUUCUUUAUUACACACAUUUUAGAAUGGAGAUAUUAUACUUCGGAAAUAAUUCAACUACAAAUUCUUCUUCUUUUCCACUAGAGAAUUAUAAAGUUUGCACUUCAGGGGAGGAUAAACAUUGUAUAAAUUCUACCAACAAUUUUAAUAUUAAUGACCAUAUUAAUUAUUAUGGCAUAAAUGUUGCUGAAUAUGGAAGGAAUGGAUGUCACAAAUAA